CAAUUUCGUGAAUAUAAUUUUAAUCUAAUUGUGGAAAAGUGAAUGCUGAAUGUGCAUUGCUAUAAGAUUACAAGACAAGAUGGGUUUUUUUUUUGCGCUGAAUUCUAAUUGAGCAGGAGUAGAUAUUUUGCUUCACAAGAGUGUGGUUUGAGUGCCAAAACCUUGUUAUGAUACUAAGAAGGAAGGAAGGCGGGGAAGUGAGAAGUGUAAUGGCUUCUGAGAGGGAAUGUUUUGACCUCUCUGGACCCUUACAUUUAACUUAUGUUGACUGGGAUAAUGCAUAUCAUCGAAAGUCGGUUGCUGCUAGUUUGGUCCAAGGUGUUUAUGUUCUAGAGAAGGACAGGCAAGAACGGCGUGAAGGUCCUGAUGCUCUUGCACUGCCUUGGUGGGCGUUCUUCCACUUUAAGUUGUUUUGUUCGCUUGUCGAUGAUGUUGAUUCUUCCAUCUUUGGUGCUAUUUAUGAGUUCAAGCCUCCAUCAUCUAUGUGCAAUGACACCUUACAUAGAAGUCCACGUUAUGUAAUUGCCUUCCGAGGGACUAUAACCAAGGCAGACUCAGUUUCCCGUGACAUCAAGUUGGGUAUCCAUUUUGUGCGAAAUGGGCUUCAUCAAACUUCACGUGCUGAGAUAGCCAUCCAAGCUGUUCGAAACAUGGUGGCUACUGUGGGUGCUUCCAAUAUCUGGUUAGCUGGCCACUCGCUAGGAUCAGCAAUGGCAAUGCUAACCGGGAAAACCAUGGCCAAGACUGGCAUAUUUAUUGAGUCUUUUCUCUUCAACCCUCCAUAUGUAUCUGCUCCUAUUGAGAGAAUUAAGGACAAAAAAUUGAAACAUGGGCUUAGAUUUGCUGGCAGUGUAGUAACAGCUGGACUUGCCAUUGCUAUGAAGGAUAAGCAGAAGAAGAGUUUGUCCUUUGACCCAUUUGCUGCUUUGUCUGCCUGGGUUCCAUCCUUAUUUGUGAAUCCAUCUGAUCAUAUCUGCUCUGAGUAUGUUGGAUACUUUGAGCACAGAAGAAAAAUGGAGGAGAUUGGUGCAGGAAACAUUGAAAAGUUAGCCACUCAAACUUCCCUUAAUUGUCUACUGAUGGGUGUGUUGGGGAAGGAAUCUGAUGAACCCCUGCACCUCAUUCCUUCAGCUUCUCUGACAGUUAAUCAUACUCCUUCAAAGGAUUUCAAAGAAGCUCAUGGGAUUCACCAAUGGUGGAAACCUGACUUACGCCUAGAAUCCAAGCUCUACCGAUACUAAUAAUUCUUGUAGUUGUUGUAGUGUGUGUCUGGAAUACUAGCACAAUAAGGUUGGAUUGAUUAUUUCUUUUUCCCAUUGAAAGCAUAACAACUCAUUGUUGCUUUCAGAUUUUCAUGUAUUUUGCGUGAUUUUUGGGUACUCACUGUUAAUCCAAGCACGCUGAUAUUAUGUUGGUGGAUGUAUAAUUGUAUAUUGACUUGAAUUAUGCUGUAUCUGGUUUUCCAUGUGAAGUUAAUUUUGUAAAUGAACAGUUCAUGUUAUAAAUGCUGUUGUCACUUUUA